GUAGCGUGAGCAGUGAAACACUCUCAGCAGCAGCAGCAGCAGCAUCAUCCUCCUCUCAGCCGAAGACACACACAGGGAAAACAUAAUUACCUCAGAACAGUGUCUCGCGUGUGAAAAUGGGCUAAUGAAACGCUGUGAUUCGCUCGAACCCGGUGCUACAGCUCGAUCAUCACCUCCCGUGGAGAAACUCUGAUGAGGUCGUCGCUUGUGUUGUGCGCUCUGUUUUUUUUUUUUUCCCUCGCAUCCAUUCUCCGUGCGCGCUGCUGGUACAAAGGCGCUGGGUCCGGAGCAGCAGCAGCAGCAGCAGCACCUGGGAUUAAUGUGCAAGAGAAAACAGCAGCAUUCAUCAAAAACAAAGCUUUAAAAGCACAAAGUGAGUGAAGCCAGCGAGAUUAAAACACUUUCUUCAUUAUUAUUUGUGACAUCCACCUCAGCAGCACCAGUCACAAAGACAAGCAGCUGUCAUUGUGUCAAUGCUGAGAUUUGUGUUUGGAUUUCUUCACGUGAAAGUGCCCUUUCCUGGAAGGAUGCAUGAGAAAAACGAAAAUAGUUCCAGUUUUUUCUUCCUUUUCUUGUGCCGCACAUUGCCUGGUGUUCUUGUGACUGAACAGCCGGUUUCUCUUGUUCAGAAUGGGAUGCAUUGUUGCGACUGCGCAACCCAAGACAAGUGUCUGCAAUUAGACUGUGUGUUUGUGCACGGAUUACCUACAGGCCUGUUGUAAAAAACAAAAAAGCCCUGCUACUGCUCUGCAGCUGGAGGUGGACACUGUUGUUGGAUAAAGGAUUCUGUGUUGGAAGUGGACUGGAAAGGGGGAACGAGCUGUGCGCCCUUGGCACAUCUCUCUCCCUAUUCAGGGUCUGUCACAGAAAUAAAUAGAUCAGGAACAAUAUGGUGGAGCCAGUUGGAUUCAUUGAAGCCUGGAAAGCACAGUUCCCUGAAUCUGAACCCCCCAAGAUGGAGCUACGGUCAGUAGCCGGCAUUGAGCAUGAGCUGGAGAAGUGCAAAUCAUCCAUCAGGCGCCUGGAGCAGGAGGUGAACAAGGAGCGCUUCCGCAUGAUCUACCUGCAGACCCUCCUGGCCAAAGAGAGGAAGAGCUACGACAAGCAGCGAUGGGGCUUCAGAAAGACGCCGCUGAAUGAGGGGAUGGACCCUGCUGCAACCACACAGGGUGCAGAGUCCCUGUCCCAGCAGCCACACAUGCAGGAGACUGGUGGCGUUGGAGUAAUAAGUGGUGGAGGUUAUGUUGGUGUAAGUGGAGGCAUUGUUGAUCGGAGGGGGUUUCAGCCUCUUGCAGAUGGUUCUGGUCGGACCAAACCCAGACCCCCACCUGCCAGAAAGUCAGCCUCCCACGGAGAUGGCCUGGAGUCGGCGUUUGAGGUGCCGCAGCAAGUAGAGUCCAUGUCCUGUGACAACCUGGAUGGACUCUCACCGUCCAAGCAGAGAGGAGGUGGCAUCUCUGUCUCUCCCCGCAGGCCCACGCUUCCACCCCCAGACAAGGAGCUUCCUUCUGACCCCAAGGACAAACUCGGUAUGGGACUCGGCGUGGCUGCUCUUAGAUCCAACUUUGAGAGGAUCAAACGCGCCAACUCCCACUCCGGUGGUGAUGUAGCUAAAGGCCAGGAGAAGCAGCUACCACCACCUCCACCGCCGCCGUUUUACACAAACAUGGAAUUCCACCACGAGAGGGGACUGGUCAGGGUCAACGACCGUGACGUCUCGGACAAAAUCAGCUCACUAGGCAGCCAGGCAAUGCAGAUGGAGCGAAAGAGAUCCCUUCAUUCUCUCCCAGGUAACCUGGCAACCGUGGCCGGGGAGCUCCGUGCCAGGCCGGUGUACAGAGGGCGAUCCACUGAGAGCACAUGUGGCUAUGAUGCGGAGUAUGAAGAUGGCGAGCCCAAUCAGAGACAUUCGGGGAGGGCCAACGGCGGCAAACCUCCGCCCCCGCCGUGGCAGCCCUCUGACUUUCAGGCCUACUCCAGUGUUUACGUCGGUGGGGUGAUGAUGGGUGAAGGUGGCGGUGGAGAUGGCAGAGCUGGUAGUGGAGGUGGUAGUGGAGUCACAAUGAGAGACCACGGGGGAGGAGAUGACCACCUCCUGACCUGGCCUCGCCGUUCGUACUCCCCCGGUAGCUUUGAGGAUGUGGGAGGAGGCGGCGGCUACACGCCGGACUGUAGCUCCAACGAGAACCUGACAUCCAGUGAGGAGGACUUCUCCUCCGGCCAGUCUAGCCACGUCUCACCAAGCCCCACCACGGCUUUCCGUAGGCCCUUCAGAGAGAAGAGCCGCUCGCCCUCGCAGAACUCCCAGAACUCCCAGCACUCGUUGGACAGCAGCAGCCCACCAACGCCACAGUCUCAGAAGCGGCACCACCGGCAGCAGGGAGGCCACGUGGUCAUGUCCGAGGCCACUAUUGUGAGUGUUCGCAAGACCGGUCAAAUCUGGCCACCUGCUGCCCAUCAUGACCUCUUGCCCCACGGAAGGGCAUCACAUGACAACAGUUACCAUGGAGACCACCUAGACGGUCAUUUCACCGGGACACCUCCCUCGUACGGUUACGAUGCAGACCGCGCAGAGGAGCAGCGGAGGCACCACGACAUCCUGCCGUACAUCGACGACUCGCCGUCGUCUUCGCCGCACCUCAGCUCCAAGAGCCGCAGCAGUCGGGAUACCCUCUCAUCGGGAUCGUUGGAGUCCUCCAAAUCGACUGAAUGUGAACUGGAAAAAGGUUUGGAGAUGAGGAAGCGGGUCCUGUCUGGGAUCUUGGCCACGGAGGAAUCAUACCUCAGUCAUCUGGAGGCGUUGCUGCUGCCCAUGAAGCCUCUGAAGGCUGCAGCCACGACGUCGCAGCCCGUCCUCUCUGUGGCCCAGAUCGAAACCAUCUUCUUCAAAGUGCCUGAGCUCUACGAGAUCCACAAGGACUUCUACGACGGCCUUUUGCCUCGUGUCCAGCAGUGGAGCCACCACCAGAGGGUCGGGGACCUCUUCCAGAAACUGGCGAGCCAGCUCGGAGUUUACAGAGCGUUCGUGGACAACUAUGAGCUGGCGGUGGAGACGGCGGAGAAGUGCUGCCAGGCUAACUCACAAUUCUCCGAAAUCUCUGAGAACCUGAAGGUGAGGAGUCCCAAGGAUUCGAAAGACCAGACAGUAAAGAGCUCUCUAGAGGCUUUACUAUACAAACCAGUGGACAGGGUGACACGUAGCACAUUGGUACUUCAUGACUUGCUUAAGCAUACGCCCACCAGCCACCCGGACCACGCCCUCCUGCUGGACGCCCUGAGGAUCUCCCAGAACUUCCUGUCCAGCAUCAACGAGGAGACGACGCCGCGGCGCCAGUCUAUGACCGUCAAGAAGGGAGAGAACAGGCAGCUGCUGAAGGACAGUUUCAUGGUGGAGUUGGUGGAAGGAGCCAGGAAGCUGCGGCACGUCUUCCUCUUCACUGAUCUGCUGCUCUGCGCAAAACUGAAAAAGCAGAUCGGAGGAAAAAACCAACAGUACGACAGUAAGUGGUACAUCCCGCUGGCUGAGCUGACCUUCCAGGGUCCCGAGGACGCCGAACCACUCACCAUCCCCCAAGCCCCCGACGAAGAGCUCGACACCAUGAAGGUCAAGAUCUCACACCUCCGCAGUGAGAUCCAGAGAGAGAAGAGAGCAAACAAAGGUUCGAAAGUCAUUGACCGGCUCAGGAAGAAGCUUUCCGAACAGGAGUCUCUUCUCCUGUUAACAUCUCCAAGCUUGCCCAUCCGACUCUACAACAAGAACGGCAAGAGUUAUAGUUUCCUGAUUUCGUCCGACUACGAACGUGCAGAUUGGAAGGAGAUCAUCAAAGAACAGCAGAAGAAAUGUUUUAAAGCCUCUUCCUUGACUUCCGUGGAGCUGCAGAUGUUGACCAGCUCCUGUGUCAAACUUCAGACUGUCCACCACAUUCCCCUUAGCAUCAAUAAAGAAGAGGAUGAACCCCCCGGUCUCUGUGGGUUCCUGAAUGUAAUCGUCCACUCCGCCUCCGGCCUCAAACAGAGCUUGAAUCUCUACUGCACAUUGGAGGUUGAUUCCUUUGGCUUCUUUUCAAGUAAAGCCAAGACGAGAGUGUAUCGAUACACCACUGAGCCCAAAUGGAAUGAGGAGUUUGAGAUUGAGCUGGAGGGCUCGCAGACCCUGAGGCUGCUCUGCUACGAGAAAUGUUACAACAAGACCAAGCAGAACAAAGAGGACGGAGAGAGCGCAGACCGCAUCAUGGGGAAAGGACAGAUCCCGCUUGAUCCCCAGAUUGUUCUCUGCAAAGACUGGCAGAGAACAGUUAUUCCCAUGAACGGGAUCGAGGUGAAACUCUCGAUAAAGUUCACCAGUCGAGAGUUCAGCCUGAAGAGGAUGCCCUCGCGGAAACCUAUGGGUGUGUUUGGAGUCAAGAUCUCUACAGUGACCAAGCGAGAGCGCUCCAAGGUGCCCUACAUUGUCCGCCAGUGCCUAGAGGAAAUUGAAAGGAGGGGAAUGGAGGAGGUGGGCAUCUACCGAGUAUCGGGGGUGGCCACUGAUAUUCAGGCCUUGAAGACUGCCUUUGAUACCAAUCAUAAAGACGUGUCAGUGAUGAUGAGCGAGAUGGACGUCAACGCCAUCGCGGGGACCUUGAAGCUGUACUUCAGAGAACUGCCCGAGCCUCUUUUCACUGACGACCUCUAUCCAAACUUUACAGGUGGCAUCACCUUGUCUGAUAGUGUUGCCAAAGAGAGCUGUAUGUUGAACUUACUGCUGUCGCUGCCAGAACCUAACCUGGUCACAUUUCUUUUCCUGUUGGAUCACCUGAAGAGGGUGGCGGAGAAGGAAGGCAUCAACAAGAUGUCUCUCCACAACCUGGCGACGGUGUUCGGCCCGACCCUGCUGAGGCCGUCGGAGAAGGACAGCAAGAUCCCGACGAACCCUACGCAACCCAUCAGCAUGGGCGACAGCUGGUCCCUGGAAGUCAUGGCACAGGUCCAGGUGCUGCUUUAUUUCCUCCAGCUGGAGACCAUCCCCACCCCCGACAGUAAACGACAGAGCAUCCUCUUCUCCACUGAAGUAUAGAGCAGCCCUAGCGUAGUGACACAACACAAGAUGGACCGUGGCUCAAAGUGAGCCCCAUAGUAGUUUGUUUUUUAAUUGACUGAGCGGAUAAGUGACGUCUGCCUCUGGUGGUGGCGGGUGCCCGCCCCUGUUGAACACAGGAGGGCGCCAUUGGCUCAUUGAAGCUCAGAGGAUGUUCCCGAGGUCCUUUGUGAUACUGCUCAUGUUAAAUAUUGACUCCUUGUGGGUACAUCUGCCACCUUCACGUCUUCACCUCUGCAGCUUGUCAGACAGUCACUGAUCAUAAGUCGAGACGCUGAAGAUGCAAAGGAUGAAACUUUUCUUCACUUCUUCAAACUCAACAAAUCACAUUUUUUUCCAUGUAUCGUGUGUUUUUGGCAUCAGUCCUAAAUGGUUUUUUUCCGCUUUUUGGACAAUCAUCGAUCACAAAGAAAUCAGUUUAUUCGUCCGUAAAAAAAAAAAACAUUGCUCCGUGUCCUGUGCAGGAGAAAAACAAUUGUUAUUGUUUUCAGACAUAAUCUCAGUUUGUCGUUGCUGCUGCGUCACACACAAAACACGCCUCUACGUUCAAAUGUUGACAGCGUCAAAACAAAACCCGGGUCGGAGUCGGAGACAAACGUGAUGAUGGUACACACUGCACAUCUGACCGUUAGUCACUGUCCAUUUUCGUGUUUCCUUUACGUCUUAAGGUAGUUUUUCCCGCAUAAAUGUCCCAGGAAUCGAUAUAUUUUCUAACAUAGGAAUCAUCUGUGUUCAUAUUUUUGCCAAAUUCAUAUGUUUGUUUGUUUGUUUGUUUCCGGGGGGGGGGGGUUGGAAAAAAAAGGAAGCAGUUGUAUUUACAGUUACAGUAUGUACAUAAUCUUUUUUGUUUAACAGUAUAAUCAUCGUUGCUAUUACUGUAAUUUAUUUUAGGGCCUGCCUGGGGCGGUAGUUGAUUAAUUGUUUUGUUUUUUUAUUAUUAUUAUUAUGAUGUGAAAGUUUUUGGGGUUCGAUUGAAGUAGUAGGUCUUAGCCUUGACUUCAAGUCUUGCAGUGAAACGUGCAGGAUUUAGCCUUCUGUUAUCUUAUCUAUAGAAACUACUCAUCAGCCUGUCCAUCACUCAUUUAGGUAUUACCAUGAAGGUUACCCACACACACUCAUAUUGUAGUUACAUAUACCUGAAUGCUGCUGCGGAGAAAAACAAAAAAAAGCUCUUUAACUGCUGGGUGUUCCAGAGACUGCCGCCUGUCUCACGUAGACGUUAUGCAAUGUCAUAACACACACACUUACACACACACACACACACACACACUCUGUGGCUACAGAAGUGCACUCACGAAACAUUAGAACUACUGUAAUUUCUUCCGAUCCAAGUGACGUGAGCACUCAGCGUUUAUGCCCCCGUCCAGGUGCAUAAUAAUCUGUUGGUUUAAUGAAGGAAACUUGUGUUGUUUUUGUUUCUUCUUCUUCUUCUCUCAUGCACUCAAACUAUUGUUAUGUUUGUCCCUUUAACUUUAACUUAACCCUGAAGAUGACCCAAGUUAGAAAGAAGCAAACUGUCUCAAUAUUUAGGUGAAAUUCAAGUUUUAACCUCUAGUAUCCUUGAUUUAACAUGCAGGCAUGUUUUAUUUUGUUCUCCGUUGUUUUGUUGUUGUUUCCGUUUACAAAACGUCUACAUACUGUUUCGUCGUCGGCGUGAAAAGGAAAAACCAGCGUGUGACGAAUCCCUAAAGGGCUUUGUAAGAUAUCACAGGAAGGCAUGUGUGAGUGUUUUUUUUGUAUGUUUUUCUUUUACACGAAUGUCUUUUAUCAAUCAAAAAAUAACCUGAUGUCCGCUUGCAUUACAACUCGGGGUCUGCAGAUUUGACCUAGAGCGCCGUUAGUUUGUCCUGCUGUUCCAGAUGUUUGUGCUCUAAAUGUGUUUCUACUGCCUCGUCGUCUCUGUUUUAGGACGUGAGACUGAAUUAAAUCCACCGUCCGUCCGUUCCUGCUCCACCUUUAACAGCAAGUCCGAUCGUGCCUAGUCGAUACUUUCUCUUCGGUUUGUUGUGUCUGCGAAAAGAAGCUCAGACUCCUGUUGCCUUUGCUGAGGGGCAGCCACACACACACACACACACACACACAUACACCGUUCAUCUCUCAGAAGCUAAGACAGGACCUUAUAAACUUAAAAGUACAGUGUGUGAAAAUUGAGCCCUCACCUCAUUCUCCCCCCUUUUCAAGCACACAGGAAAAUCAUGUGUAUGUGGCAUCAAAACAAGGAAAAACAACAAUUCAUACAAUCUGGUGAUUCUACACUUACAGAAAUCUGCAUUUAUCUCCAGUCUCUGCUGAAAAUUAGAAAAAAAAUGAAUACAAUUGGCCUUUUCUACAUGGAUUUUGCAUGUUGGUUUUACUCCGGGUUCUUCAGUUUCCUCCUGCAGUUAAAAAACAUGCAGAUGUGCGGGUAAGGCGAAUUGGACACUCUAAACUGAGCAUACAGUGAGUGUGAGUGUGAGAGUGGAUGGUGUUUUUUUUUUUGUCUCUCUGUCUUUCUCUGACCUCGUCUGUCGCUGUAUAUCAGCUGUGAUUGGCACCGGCGACCCCUGCGACCCCUCAUGUGGAGGAUAAAGGGGUAGAAGGAGUUUGCAGGUUCUCCUCCCGUGUGUGUGUGUGUGUGUGUGUGUGUGUGUGUGUGUGUGUGCAUAGGGUUUUCUCCAGGUUCUGCAGUUUCUACCUACCGUCCAAAAACAUGCAGAUUAAGCCCCCCACCCCCCGCCCCCCCACGACCAUCAUGUGGAGGAUAAAGCCUUUUAAAUGACUUUUACACACUGUACCUUUUGAGCAUGGUCUUAGCCGGUGUCGUCCGUCCACUCUAUGUCUAACUGUGAUGCUGUCGCACAUAACUGUGUUUGAGUCGUUUGAGUCUUAAUGGGGCAAAAAAAAAAAACAGAUGGAAUUUCUUUGUUCUCGUUCUCUUUUCACCUCCUUCAAUGCCUUUUAUUUUUUAUAUUUAUUAACCUAGUUUGGUAUGAGAGGGUCGACUGGAUCUAUUUAUUGGUGACGUGACGUCAUCCUGAUCUAAAUCAAUGUGCGACAAAUUGUCUUCGUUUUGGGGGUCAACGACGUGAAGGGAAAUGUGUCGCGUCUCCUGUUUCCAACAUGAGUUUCAGAUGAUUAACCACUGUGUACAGCUCCAACCGUCUGCUCGUCUCUGUGUCGUACAACAGACUGGCCACUGUGACCGUUUUGGAAAAAAAAAACGGGUGCAAAAUUCCCAUCAGUUCAAAAUGUAGAUUCUGCAGAGUUUACUGUAACUUCUACUUCUCCCGGGUAGAGUUGUAUAAAAUGUAUGAUACUAGAGAGAAAGAGAGAGAACAUGAUUUGGUUUAAAUUCACUGUAGACGUGUGAUCGUUAGAGAUCGGGUCAAGCCGGUGCACGAAAAGACAAAAUUGUCAGUAUAUGUUAGAAGGAGGAGGAGGAGGGAAAAGAAUUAUUGCAUUUGUUAUUGGUCUGUUGAUUGUCGGUGUAGCUGCAUGUAACGUCCAUAAUACAGCUCCUCCCAUCACUUAGUUGUGUACAUGGAAAAGCAAAUGCAACAACGACGAAAUAAAGAAAAAAGGGUUUUCUGUGCAAUAGCCUGGAAAUAAUGGAACAUAUUGCUCUAUAUGAACGUUUGCAUUUACUCUACAUGUCCCUGAUUAUCACUUCAUUUUCAUACCAGACCCUCUACUGCCACCACUGAACGAGGCUUUGUGUCACCUCCUGUUACUGUUCUGUUUGACAUGAAACACAGAGCUGAGGAGGAGGAGGAGGAGGAGGAGGAGACUUUGCCCCGAAACAACCACAAAAAAACAUUUGACCUUUUUACCUUCCUCAAAUUUUUGGACUCUUCUUCCUGUUGAAUAUUCAAUGUUCUGCUUGUAGAACUGUAAAAAGGAAUACCGUAUUCUGAAAGCAAACAUGUUUGGGAGGGCGUUUACAGCCGAUGUUUGUACACAAAAAUGUUAAAUAAAAAUCUCCUGUAUCUACAA